GAUGCGGUGGUGGAGGACAGGAGUAGCCGGGGUGCAACAACAACGGGCCUGUAAGGAACUGGGAGUCAACAAGACAUCACGGACAUCACACGGACACGGACUUCCUGACAACGCAGUUGAAAAUGGGAAACGUUCAACCCACCGUUGUUCCUUAUGCAGACUUUGAUGUGAUGUCUGAUAUCAAAGCCAUACGCAAAGCAUGCAAAGGCCUGGGGACAGAUGAAGAGGCCAUCAUUUCAAUUUUAGCCAACCGCUCUGCUGCCCAGAGGUUGGAAAUCAAGCAAGCCUAUUUUGAAAAAUAUGACGACGAGCUGGAGGAGGUUCUGAAGAGCGAGCUGACAGGCAGCUUUGAAAAAGCCAUCAUUGCCAUGCUGGACCCUCCGCCUGUCUACGCCGCCAAGGAGCUCCGCAAGGCCAUGAAGGGGGCGGGCACUGACGAGGACGUGCUGGUGGAGAUCCUGUGCACCAGCAGCAACCAGGAUAUCAUAAACCUGAAAGAGGCCUACGCCCAAGUAAACGAGCGUGACUUGGGUUCUGACAUUGAGGAGGACACGAGUGGAGAUGUGAGGAACCUGCUGACCUCUCUCCUUCAGGCCAACCGGGAUGAAAACUAUGAGGUGGAUGAGGGCUUAGCUGAACAAGAUGCAGCAGAAUUAAUCGAGGCUGGAGAGGGCCGGUUUGGGACAGAAGAGUCCACCUUCACCCACAUCCUCACACACAGGAACCACCUGCAACUCCAAGCCACAUUCAAGUCCUAUGCAUCACUCUGUGGCACUGACAUCCUGGACUCCAUAGAGAGUGAGGCCACUGGGACGUUAAAGGACUGCUAUAUCACUCUGGCGCGCUGUGCCAAAAACCCCCAGCUGUACUUCGCUCGCCAGCUGAACGCUGCCAUUAAAGGAGCUGGUACUGACGAGGACACACUCAUCCGCAUCAUCGUGGGCCGCUCCGAGAUUGAUCUGGAGACCAUCAAAGACAUGUACCUGGAGAAGUAUGAUGUGACUCUGAAGGACGCACUGAGCUCUGACUGCGGCGGCGACUUCAAGCGUCUGCUGAUGGAGCUCCUCCACUGAGAGACGGCCACGCAGACGGCCAAGCUGCCACACCAGCUGGCCUACUCUCAGCUCCCGCCAACCAACAGAACUCAGCCAGCACCCCCGCGCUCUGUCUCUCUCUUUCUUUCUGUCUCUCUCUCUGUUUUGCUUUCUCUCUUUCUUUCAAAUACACACUCCUUUUGUCUGUUGGGGGUGUUGACACCAAAUAUUCCUACCUUUCUCUGUCUGUCUGUCUCCCAUAAUUUUUCCACUAACUUUUUAACCUAAGUGCCGUCAGGUGACACACAUCACGGUAAUCACAUAGUCAGACACUGCUGAGGUUUAGAUGGCUCUUCCUCUGCCUCUGUUUAGGGGACCAAUGCUACAGAGUGGUGGUGCAACAGGUGAUAGUUGUCUCCAGGUAAUAACACAGCAAACCUACUGCCAUAUGGGGCUUCUUAGAAACUCAACACUUAACAAGGUAUUAAUCAUAAUUUAUCUUAGUAAAACCAUGUGUAGUCUAUUUUAACACACUACUGGAAGUAAACUCACUUUAACAACAUUGGCCCUGAUCUUAGACCUCAGCUUUGUAUUAAAUGUAGAGGUGUUCAGGUCCUUGUUUUAACUUGUGAAGAAAGGAGGAAUCUGCAGUAUGCCUCUGCUUAAUUUAUCAUCAGUUAUAUGGUGUAUGCAUGUCAUUAAAAAGCUCUUAAACGCUGCUGUAUUGCUGUAAAUCCAUAUACAGAUGCAAUUAGAAAAUCACUUAGCAUAUAAACACUAGCCUUUCACACCAUAACACCAGAAUGUCAGUUCUGUAACUGUUUGAGAAAUUACACAGUAGGCUAUCUCCCUUCAACGGGAGUUUACUAGGGACUAUUAUGUUAUUGCUGUGUGAAAUAGGAUGUGAAAAUAUGAAUUGAAUUGAAUUGAAACUAAACAAAAUAAACUAUUAACUGUAAGAUCAAUCAAA